UGCAGUCCUUGUUCGCUUUGCAGGCGCGUACACCCUCCGCAGUCACUCCGCUAGUCUUUAUCAUGUAUGACAGCCAUGCUCCGCAGCUUUUCCUGUCUAUAUUCCUUUUCUGUUUCGGAGUGAAGGCGAUGACUGAUCACUCCAGUUAUGACACAGACUUAGUGGACAUGGUGGUCCCCGUGGAGCUCUCUGGAGAGGAGGCUCACCUGUUGCAGGACUCAUCCAGGCGCAGCGCGCGUCGGCGUGCCCAGCGCUCUGUCGAUUCCCGGGGUGGACUAAACUCUGUGGGGAACACGUUAUUUUUCUCUUUACCUGCUUUUGGAAAAGACCUGUACUUACACCUGAAAAGGGAUGUCACUUUUCUGUCUGAGGGGUUUGUGGUCGAGGAGAGGGGAGGCGAAACAGACCCCCCUAAAUGGUCGCGCCUUGCCAGAGACCAGCUCUGCUUCUACUCGGGAUGGAUUGUCAACCACACCGACUCUUUUGCGUCACUCAACACCUGCAGCGGUCUGACUGGACUGGUAUAUACAGGAGAGGACAGUCUCUUCAUCCAGCCGGUCAGUGUGGUCAGCGGUCCUGCCGACUCCUUCUCCGGGCUGCAGCACAGGGUGGUCCGACACCGACGCUCAGCCAAGACCAGCCCUACUUCUGCCCCUCCCACUGGACCCACGGCUGCAGACAAGCAGCCCAAGUACUGCGGCACCAUUCCAGUGAGGAAGAAGGAGAUGGAGGAGGGCCGUGGAAGGAGGAACGCCAUCCAUCUGAACGGGUUGUAUACGGUAGAGACUGUGGUGGUGGCAGACUCAGACAUGGUGCAGUACCACGGGGCGGAGGCCGCGCAGAGAUUCCUGCUCACCGUCAUGAACAUGGUGUACAACAUGUUUAACAGCAAGACUCUGGGUGUCAGAAUCAACAUACGGGUCACCAAGCUGGUCCUGCUCCACAACCGCCCAGACAGGCUGAAGGUGGGCCACCACGGAGAAAGGUCCCUGGAGAGCUUCUGUCAGUGGCAGUGGGAGGAGUAUGGCGGCCCCCGUUACCUAGGCAACAAUUACGUGCCUGGGGGCAGGGACGACAUUCCACCUGUGGACACGGCCGUGCUCGUCACUAGGACUGACUUCUGCGUGCACAAAGACCAGCCCUGUGACACAGUGGGUAUUGCCUAUCUGGGAGGGGCGUGCAGCUCCAAGAGGAAGUGUGUUCUGGCCGAGGACAACGGACUCAACCUGGCCUUCACCAUAGCCCACGAGCUGGGACACAACAUGGGGAUGAGCCACGAUGACGACCACGCUACCUGUACAGGCCACUCCCACAUCAUGUCUGGCGAAUGGGUGAAGGGCCGUAAUCCCAGCGACCUAUCAUGGUCCCCCUGCAGCCGUGACGACCUUGAGAAAUUCCUCAGGUCCAAAGGCAGCAGCUGCCUGCUCCACACAGACCCCAGAAGCCGCUACCAGGUCCGACUGCCACCCAAGCUGCCAGGCAUGCACUACAGUGCAGACGAACAGUGUCAGAUCCUCUUUGGAACCAACGCCACCUUCUGCAAUGAUAUGGAGCACCUGAUGUGCGCGGGCCUGUGGUGUUUGGUGGAAGGAGACAAAUCCUGUAAGACUAAGCUGGACCCUCCUCUGGACGGCACAGAGUGUGGAGCUGACAAGUGGUGCCGGGCAGGGGAGUGUGUGGGUAAGUCCCCCAUCCCACAGCAUGUGGAUGGGGACUGGAGCAUCUGGAGUCAGUGGAGCCAGUGCAGUAGGACCUGUGGCACCGGAGCCCAGUUCAGACAGAGGAAAUGUGACAACCCACCGCCAGGUCCCGGUGGUAGUAACUGUCAGAAGGCCAGUGUGGAACAUAAAGUGUGUGAAGGUCCUCCCUGCCCUAAAGGAACACCCAGCUUCAGAGAGCUGCAGUGUCUCUCCCAUGACCGCCAGGCCGGCAAGAAGAAGAACAGUAUAUGGACCGCAGUCAAUAAUGAUGAGAAGCCGUGUGCCCUGUUCUGUUCCCCCGUGGGGAGAGAUGCCCCCAUCCUGGUGGCAGAGAGAGUGAUGGACGGAACACCCUGUGGACCCUACGAGUCGGACCUGUGUGUCAACGGCAGGUGUCAGAAAAUCGGCUGUGAUGGCAUCAUCGGCUCGUCAGCCAGGGAGGACCGCUGUGGGGUGUGUAACGGAGACGGACACUCCUGUAAGAUAGUCAAGGGAGACUUCAACCACACCAAGGGCAUGGUCUCCUCUAGCCACUGUAAGAGGGUUUCUACCUGUGUGAUGGCUAAACCAAGGGCUGUCCCCAAGUGUUUCUCAUGUUACAUCGAGGCUGCUGUCAUCCCUGUUGGUGCUAGGAGAAUCAAAGUCGUGGAGGACAAGCCCUCACACAGCUUUCUGGCAAUGAAAGACUCUACCAUGAGGUCCAUCAACAGUGAUUGGAAGAUCGAGCUUCCUGGAGAGUUCCAGCUGGCCGGCACCACAGUGCGCUACGUCCGGAGAGGACUCUGGGAGAAAAUGUCUGCCAAGGGACCCACCAAGACCCCGCUGUACCUCAUGGUGCUGUUGUUCCAUGACCAGACCUACGGCAUACACUAUGAGUACACAGUGUCUCUGAACGUAACUGAACGUGAUAAUGUCAGUGAGGAGCAGAGAGCACCAGAGCACCUCUACCUUUGGACACACAGAUCCUGGCAAGACUGCAACGUACAGUGUGGAGGAGGUGAGAGGAGGACAGUGGUGUCCUGUAUGAGGCUGGUCAAUAAGAGCAUGACUCUAGUGAAUGACAGCCUCUGCCACCCAGAGAACAGGCCGUUACCCCAAGUACGACGCUGCAACUCACACCCCUGCCAGUACAGGUGGGUGACAGGGGAGUGGGGCCAGUGCUCGGUGACGUGUGGGAAGGGUCUACAGCUGCGUGAGGUGGGCUGUGUGUACCAGCUGCAGAACGGAUCCCUCAUCCACACACGGGACCUGUACUGCCAGGGGGGCAAACCCCCCGCCCUGCAGGGCUGCGAGGGACGCCACUGCCUCACUGUCUGGGAGGCCUCUGAGUGGUCCAAGUGUUCUUCAGACUGUGGCAGUGGGAUCCGUAGGAGGAUAGUGAGGUGCACCAACCCCCAGGGGAGAUGUGACCCCCUCUCUCAGCCUGCUGACCAGGAGCCCUGUGAGGACCACUCCAAAUGUUAUGAGUGGAAGACUGGGGACUGGUCCAAGUGCUCGUCAUCCUGUGGGAAGGGCCUGCAGUCCAGAGUGGUCCAAUGUAUGCACAGAGUAACGGGUCGCCAUGGUAAUGACUGCCCCGUGGUGUUCAGACCACCCACCUACCGGCCCUGCCACCAGGAGGCCUGCAAUGAUAAAGUCAACGUCAACACCAUCACCUCCCCCAGAUUAGCUGCUCUGACCUACAAGUGCACAGGAGACCAGUGGACUGUAUACUGCCGUGUGAUCCGAGAGAAGAAUCUGUGCCAGGACAUGAGAUGGUACCAGCGCUGCUGCGACACCUGCAGAGACUUCUACGCCAACAAAACACCCCGCAAGAGUUAAUGAUCAAAGCACUCGCACACAUACACAGACAGACAGACAGACACACACUUCACUUAGUGCUAUGAUUUUAGAUGCCUCUGUAACACUUUACUUAAAGCUUGCGGGUAUAAUGCUUUAUAAGUGGUUAUAAGCAUGGAUGAGCCUUUAUAAUGUGUUAUAAUAAGGCUUAUAAUAUGAUAUGUCUCUCUGUGUAUCAGCAUGUUAACCGACUCAAAAUGGCUGUUAUUUAUCCUGGAUCAGGAGAUGACACAAAUAUAUUCUAAGGGUCUCAUGGCAGGUCUUUAUGCCGGCAGGCUUUAAGUAAAGUCUUACUGAUGUUUUUACAGAAUUAUUCAUAUUCUUAUUAUUAAUUAUAGGACAAUCAAUUUUGGGAAAGAAAAGUAGAAAUGAGUGCAGAGACCAUUUCAAGUGGGAUCAUAAGCUUGCAGUGUCAUGAAGACUUGAAAACCUUUUACUUGUUUUAUUGCUGUAAACCAAAGCGAGGGACUUCGAAGUCUGGAGGGUCUCUCGGUAGGUAGCCUGUCACGUCAACGUUUGUUGUACAGUAUGAUUUAACAUUAGCGUUAACAUAUGCGAUAACACUUUAUGUGGAUAGUCCAUUGUUGUCAGAUUGUCUAUAGAUGCUCAGUGAACUAUCAAAACAUGUCCGAUUUUCAAAUGCACACGCCGAAUCUAAGAAUACAGCUAGGGUGGCUGAAUAUGAGUAAUUGUAUGUUACUUACAUAGAUAGAAUGUACGUACAUCACAGGAGGCUGGUGAUGGGGAGGGCUGCUCAUAGUAAUGGCUGGAAUGGAGUGAAUGGAAUGGUAUCAAACGUGUGAUGUGUUUGAAACCAUUCCAUUCAUUCCGUUCCAUCCAUUACUAUGAGCCCAUCCUCCCCAAUUAAGGUGCCACCAGCCGCCUGUGUACAUACAGUACUUACACACAUACAUUGAAAGUACUGUAAGUACUUUGUUAUUGCAUGUUAACAGAGGUGCAGUUGACAUGUAAUAAAUCCAAAUGGUAGUUUGUACGUAGUCUGAGCAUGUACAUCUGUAGGGGACUAUCCAGAUAAAGUGGGACCACAUAUUCUCUUGUGUUUAGUUCAGCUGGCCCUGUAUUCACCAAGCCACUGGCUGGACACUCACUAGACUGGGCCAAGAGAGCUGGGCCGUGUUCAUUAGGCACCAGAUGGACUGAAACAGGUAGGGACUCCCUGGACUUGUUCAAUAAGAAAUGCUCAUUUUCUUUUUCCGUAAGAAAUGCUCAUUUUCUUUUUCCGUUGCAACGUUUUAAAAAGUUUUCCGUUGUGUGCUUUAAUGAACACGACCCUGGUUUCCUCUCUUAGGGACAAACCGUAACUUGAUGAAUUGCGAUAAUGUGAAUUUCGCAUUGACAUCAACGCAUAAGCUACGCAGAAGUCUGGGUUACACGUUUGGAUCUCAAGUUAGGAUUCGUCCCUUAGUUCCACGAUAAACUAUGUGUACUUGCGUUUUGUUGUUGUUUUUUGUUGAUGUCAUUGUCAUUUUUUGGCGGUUGUUGUUAUUUAAAACUAGCCAGGAGCCGUUUUAAGGUACUGUAGUUCUACAUUGAAAUGAUCAAGCUAACAAUAGGAGACCCACUAUUCCCUAGGCUCACCUGAAGGGCUUGGACAGCCCAUGUAGCAUCCCAUCUCUCUCCUGUGAGGAACCAAUGGUAGAGAGUGCAGUGCCGGGGGUGUAACUUAAGAGAAGAUGAGAUGUAUCUUAAGUUACUGUCAUCCUACAGUUAACCACAUACAGUGUAUUCAGUAUAUGUGAGUCGAAUGCACAACUAUGCUCCAUCAACCAACUGAGCUAUCCAUCUGAACAUUGAUCAUUUACACCUUACGGUGUCCAUGUUAGGACAGCCACAAUAUCAGCAGAACUUAAAUCUCAGCAGGUUGAAGCAGGUUGCAGCUGUAUUGUUAGGUUAAUUGUAAAACAAAAAUCACUGUGUCACAUGUAUGUCUUUGGCCCUCCCUUGGUGCUUGAGGUGUGCAUCAUGAUGUACGAAACAUGACGGAAACUAGACUCUGGUUUCAAACUUUACACUAACUCCAAACCUGGUGCUUGUUAACAUUUCCAUACAUCAUGAAAUAGAAAUUGGUUUUAACUAUUAAACAGCAAUUCAAACACAAUGUGAGGCCUACACCGAUUUCAACAGCUUGCCCUCGUACAUGAGCGUGGCAAACGUAGACGUCACAAACAUCAAAAUGUAAACAUUAAUGGAGGCAGCUUUAUGUUUGCUACAAAAUUGUGGUGCAGUAGAUAACUGACUGUAAAUAAUGUCAUUGCUUCGCCCAAUAGUUACCUAGCUAGCUAAAGUUAUUUACAGUUAGUUAGCACCGGCAUUCUUUCUCCAAAAAUAACGAAGUGUCUUCAGUUGUGUUCACGUUUUACAGAUUAUGAUUUAAAGGGGUAAUCUGCAGUUUCUACAUACAUUUUUUUUACUUAUAAAUGAAUGAUAUGUACCAUUUGAUUAUUGAAUAAUAUAACUUAUAAAUGCCU